UUAGUGCCAGUCGGUCAGGUCGGUAAGCACGUCGCAUGCGUGUCAUUCAGUAGACCAAAUAUGCUAAAAAUGGCCAUGGUAGCAGUAAUUUUCUUAUCAAUGUUGGCGUCCGCAAUGUCACACGGUCAAGAGCAAUGUCUUAGAGAAACAAAAACCGAUUACGAAACCCUUCACAAAGAAUUCCACACCUUCCAAACGUCCAAAAGAAAUGUAAUUAUUGGAAAGUUUUUCGCGUGCCUUUGGAAGAGGCAAGGUCUAAUGGACGCGGAUGGAUCCGUGAUCGUUGACAAAUUUCCAGAAUAUUUUGCCACAUUGGUUUCCAGGUAUCGUAAUUUGCCAAUAACGGAGCAACGGAAAGCAGAAAUCAAUAGAUUGAUUGAGAAUGGCUUGUUCGAUUUGAACUUCGAGGGCGACCAAGAAAGAGAUGCCAUUCAGUUGGUGAACAAUAUUAAAUAUGGUUUUUUUGGUAUUACUUUCGCCGAUAGGGAGCCAGGCAGAGAUCUUUUGGAGAUCAUCAUGGAAUAGCGCUUAAUCAUUGUUAUGUACCUACUAAUAUUAUAACAAUAAAUUAACUUGUAACAAA